UGAGUAUCAGUUUUAUAAAACUAUAUACAUCUAAUAAUCCACAAUUUAAUUUUGUUUAACCGUUUUAUUCAAUGACAAACAUCAAAAAGUCAAUUGUUUUCUUUCUUUUUGCUAUAGGCGCUGUCUCGGCAGUUAGCUUGCCAGGAGUUGUUCAAGGCAGCCCUAAUGGUGCGCAGUUGGUUGCACCCAUUUCUGUUCAGCCCCUGACCAUUGCACCGAUUGCUGCCAGUCCAACAUAUUUUCCUGCAGCUUUUUCCAACACAUUUGUCCAUAGCAUGCCCACCAUAGCCGCAGUUGCUCGCCAGCAGCAAGUUACAAGCAUAGAUCAGGCCAAUAAGAGAGCAACCGCACCCGCGCCAGUUUAUGUAGCCGCCAAGCCUGUUAUUCAAAAUCAAGCUUUUAGACAGGCUACUGUAGCCAAGGGUACUAAUCCUGCCACUCAAGCAGUGAAUACUGCUUUUGGUCAAGCUGCAGUUAAUACCCGUCCUAUUGGAAAGCAGUUGUGUGGUGGAUGCUGCUGCUGCUGCUGCGAGCCAUGCUGCUGCUGCUGCUGCCAUUGCGGCAAAAGCAAGGGCUGCAAGUGCAGCAAGGGUUGCAAGUGCUGCAUAAUUCCAGUCUGCUGCAACAAUUGCUGCCACCAGGGCUACUGCAACCAAGGAUGCUGCAACCAGGGAUGCUGCAACAAUUGCUGUAACCAGUGCUACCAUUGCAACUGCCCUUGAGGUAAUGGUUGCUGCCAUUAUUGCAAUGGUUGUGGUUUCGAUGGAUGAUGCUGCGGUGGUAACGGUGGUAACGGCGGCCACUAAAUAUUUAUAGUUGACAUGGG